GCCCCGCGGGAGGCGCAGGCAACUCGCGGGCCGCGGACGCGCGGAGAGUGGUCCUGAAGACGCGGCGGAGCGUGCAAGCGGCAGCCGGGGGUGGGGGGAGGUGGGCGCCGGCGCAGAUUGGGUCAGGCACGCGCGAGGACAGCCCCGGAGGGCCGUGCCAGAGGCCCCCGCGGCGCCGGGUCCUAGAAAGCCGCGCCGUCUUCCGCCGCACGUGGCUGCAGCGCGAUGCCCAAGUCCAAGCGCGACAAGAAAGUUUCCUUAACCAAAACUGCCAAGAAAGGCUUGGAACUGAAACAGAACCUGAUUGAAGAGCUUCGGAAAUGUGUGGACACGUACAGGUACCUUUUUAUCUUCUCCGUGGCCAACAUGAGGAACAGCAAGCUGAAGGACAUCCGGAAUGCCUGGAAGCACAGCCGGUGAGCGGGAAGAGGGCCCUCGGGACCCUGGGAGCCAGGCUUCAGCGAGCUGUGGGCCAGUGAGGAGCCUCCCUUCCUGUUUGUCUCCCUCAGAUGGUUCACAAAAUACGCAGAAAUGGACUACGCCCGAGCUGGCAACAAAGCAACUUUCACCGUGAGCCUGGACCCAGGGCCCCUGGAGCAGUUCCCCCACUCCAUGGAGCCGCAGCUCAGGCAGCUGGGGCUGCCCACGGCCCUCAAGAGAGGUGUGGUGACCCUGCUCUCUGACUAUGAGGUGUGCAAGGAGGGCGACGUGCUCACCCCAGAGCAGGCCCGUGUCCUGAAGCUUUUCGGGUAUGAAAUGGCUGAAUUCAAGGUGACCAUUAAAUACAUGUGGGAUGCAGAGUCCGGAAGCUUCCAAGAGAUGGGUGACAACUUGCCAGACAGUGCGCCCGAGUCUGCAGAAGAGUCAGAAGAGGAUGACGACGACAGCUGACAGGCCCUGGGGUGAAGGCUCCAGGCCGACUGGACCACGUGGGCAACAGGACGACAGGGACAGACCGAACAAUAACGCUCUGGCCGGUUGUCUCCCUGGAGACACGAGGGACUUUUCUCAGGAAAGGGGUUUUGGGGCUUUGCUUCUGUUUUUUCACGAUUACCCGCUUCCCAGCGCAUGAGCUGGCUUCCAGUAGUGGCGCUGCUGCCCACUGUGGCCUGCAGCCAGGCCCGGGCUUCUGUCCUCUGGCCCUCGCAGUGUGUGGCUGAGCAGCACGGGCUGCCCUCCCUGCCCCGCACCGCCCACUCCCGGGCUGGGGCUGAGAAGAGUAAAGUCACUGAGAAAACA